AUGGCUGCCGCUGAUGAUUCCCCUUCCCGUCCUGCCGGUCGCAUUCCUGAUGGCGACCAAAUUGCCCAAUUCCUCCUUGCUGCCACGAAUGUCUAUCGUGCAGCUGUCAUGAUGCACCUGUCUGUUGAUGAUGGAGACGUUGCUGUCGAACGGGAUGCUGUCGCCAAACUCACAUCAUUGGCUCGUGAUGCUGAUGUUAUACACUCCCUAAGCAUCACUGUCGUUGGCGACGGUUCAUCUGACAAGAUGGUCGCUGACGCUGCCGAAGUGGGACAAAGUCUUGUCCUUCGACUAGCUCGCAUCUCGCAUGUUGCCACCGACUCGUCUACCAAAAGAUGCCAUGUCGACGAUCUAGUCAAUGUCUGGCCCCCAAGUGAUGUCGUCUUUCUUAGACAAGCACUACAAGAUGUCAUGAACAAUGCCGUUGCUGUUACUUCUCUUUCGCCAGCACAUGAAGACCAAUGUCGCCACAACCUAAGCGUUGUGAUUGCCAAAGUCCCCCAAGCUUUGACAGUCGAGGAAGAUAAAAGGGUUGAAGAAGCAGCCGAACAAAAGUCGGCCAGAAAGAUUCCCAAACAUUGGCCUAAAGGCGUUCCCUUACCUGAGCAUCGCUUCGUCGUGCCCCAUCGACCUGCGCCAGCCGGCAUCAUCAACGAAUUUCUGUUGGAAAGUCUCGCUUACAGGAGCAUGUAUGAUCGCGAAGAUGAAGUGGAGAGAGCGCACGCCAAUACUUUUGAAUGGGUGUUUGACGACUACAGCACGGAUAGCACGCGCCGUGAUCCCAAGCUCAAAGAGUGGUUGGAGACGGAGACUCUCGGGCCGAUUUAUUGGGUAACGGGCAAGCCUGGGUCUGGAAAGUCUACCUUUAUCCAGUACCUGUCGCGACAUACAAAGACAAAGGAGUCCCUAUCGCGCUGGUCUAUUGGCAGAGAGGUAUGCUUUGCUGGAUUCUUCUUCUGGACCAGCGGCUCGCGAGAACAGCGAUCACAAACAGGUCUACUCCGAUCACUGCUGCACCAAAUCCUAACUGAGCACCCAGAAUUCAUUGCCAGUGCGUUUCCAGAAACAUGGGACCAAGUCACAAACAUGACCACGAAGCAGCGUAUUCAAUUCAAGCUUGACUGGAAGGCGGAUGCUUUGACACAGGGCUUUCAAGAGUUGGUCAAGCUGGUCGUCGCCAAGGACAUGAAUUUGUGCCUCUUUAUUGACGGCCUGGAUGAAUUUGAGGGCGAUCAUAACAUGAUUAUCAAUCUCUUCAAGGGCAUCAGUGAGGAACAUGGAGCUGAAAAGGUGAAAUUGUGCCUGUCAUCGCGCCCAUGGAAGGUAUUUGAGGACGCUUUCGAAUACUCUGUACCGAACCUCAAGCUACAAGAUGUUACCUAUAGCGACAUGUCUCGAUUUGUUUCUGAAAAACUCAAAGAAGAUGAAAAGAUGGCGACCGCCUUGGAUGAGUCACCUGGGCUGGUGGACGAUGCCGUUCGCCGAGCCGACGGUGUCUUCCUCUGGGUGCGCCUGGCCGUGGAGCAAAUGAAGAAACACUUUGUCGACGAUAGGUCUUCAAAGACGUUGGACAACACGCUAAAAGGUCUACCUACGGAGCUGGAUGACUUGUUUGAAACCUUCAUCUUUGAGGAUCAGUCGAUGGAAGCUGCUGGUCAAACCGGCGUUCUCUACCGCCUACUGCGCGCUCGGGAGGAGGUGGCUGAUUUUGUCAAAGAUGACUCUGCAAAUGCUCUGACGGUUUGGGAGCUUGCAUUUGCUAUUUGGGACGAGGAUGACAAGACUGUACUAAAAGAUAUGGAGAUUGAGCAAGUGUCACCAGAGUUUGUGGAUGCCGUGUGCGGCAAGACAAUGGCGCACGUCAAGAAGUAUUUUGCCGGUCUGCUCGGAAUUCAGAAUCGCGUAUUCCGGGGCAACAUGCGGCGAGCCAGCUUCCAUGGAAGCAAGCAAUCCGAAGACUGUGAUGCUGCUGAGAGACGCGUCUUUUAUAUUCACCGAACCGUCCGCGACUGGCUUGUUACUUGUCCUGGUGUGGAUGCAAGGCUGCGGCUGCUGUGCUCGCCCGAGUUUGAUCCUCAUCUGCGUCUUCUCCGAUCAUAUGUGCUGAGGAUGAAGCUACCACUGGAGGAAAUCGAGCAUCAUCGCCGCCUGGACGACUGGUGGCCGGAUAUUGUGCUCGCUCUAACGCAUGCCCGGUACGCUGCGAUCAAACCUUGGAGUAUGCAGCAGUCCUUGAUCAAUGAGCUCGACAAGACGAUACGCUGGUGGUGGCUGGAUAAGCCAGACGAUCCGUACGACAACUGGGCCAGGACGGCCUUUGGCACAUAUGAAGUUCGCAUGAAGGCGCCACCUAUUUGGCAGCCCCUGUUGUGCUUGGCCGUCAAGUUUGGGUUGACGCAGUAUGUGAGUCAAGAGCUAGAUGCGCGGGAGGAGACAGAGAAGACGCAGGGUGUUUCGGACGAGCAGAUGGAACACGAGUGCAACGACACAACACCACUGUUGGCAUAUGCGGUAGAGUACCUGUGCUCUCGGAAGAAGACCAUCUAUCCCAUGUCGGAUCCAGAUAUGAUUAUGGUGCUGUUGACUCGCACCAGCCGAACGAACCCUGGCGUGAACCACGAGUUUAAGGACUUUAUAUAUCGAACGCCGAGAACAGCAUGGAUCAUGGUAUUGCGUCAUUUGCGGGAUGCCCAUCGUCUCAAGUAUAUCCAGCCGUAUGAUGUGUCUGUGGAUGGGACGGCGAGAUGGACCAAGAUUGUGGCUGCAUUUCUCGAGAAGGGCAAAGCAGAUGCUGGGGCCGUUGUGUUGAAGGAUAUGUGGGAUCCUGAAGUUUCGGGGAGGGAUUUGUUGAAGCUCUUGGAUGAAUCAUACUGUUCACCUGAUAUUCGGACGGUUAGAGACAUGUUGGAGAGUUGUUUGUAGUUGAGUAGUUGGCUAUCGUCUACUGCUGCGUUGCCCUGUUUUAACAAGUUUCACUAGCUUUGUUUGAAUUAGAUGUUUUACAAAUUGACCAAACACAUCAAUCCUGAAUUCUCUUUUUUCCGCGAUUACAAAUUCAUGC